UUUGAGGACAACAGAUGAUUGGAAUGAUGCUUGAUAUAUUCAAUACACAUUCGACCUUUGAAAGCCCCUGUAGUACAGCGGCCGCUAGCGCUAUUUUAAUUCACGACGCGUCUCCCAAGCAACCUUUAUAAUUGUCGACCGCUCCAUUUGGUUUCCAUCAAAUCUGCCAAAGACAUGAGUGAUUUUCUAGACACGAAGAAAGUCUAAAAGUCGCCCUUCUUUGAUUAUGCCACCACCAGAACCAUCAAGUACACGGAAACGCCUUAGAUCUCGUAUAUCAGAUGAAGCUGACGAAUUAUCCCCUCUACCUGCAAAAUCGCAAACAUCUGCAGCGAAACGUCAAAAAAUAGAUGUACCUACCUCCAGGCUUGGUGGUAUCUCGGGUCGGUUCAAGAAACUGCUUGGAUUGAGCGUUAAGAAGGAGGCUGAAGAUAGUGCAGACGAAUUGGGCGAGGAUAUCUACGACUUCAAGGUUACGGAUGACGAGGAAGAGAAUACAAAUGCAUCAGGGAAAGCGAAUACCAAACCGGUAGCGAGAGGCACCAAGGCGGCAAAGUCUACAGCGAAGGAAGUGGUGCCCUCUGUGAAACGUGGUCGUGGGCGACCGCCUAAGAAUAAAGAAUAUCUUCAGAAGGCGAAAGCACUAUCACGACAAGCUAUUCAGAAUGAAUCUACGAGGAACCAGCAGAAUAAGGACAUCGAAGCUAGUAAUGAAGAUAUAGAGCCUGCGGAGAAGUCUACAACAUCAUCCAGGAGUCAAUCGACGCGAUUCUCUAAUUCAAAAGACGUAGUUUCAAAGGCUCGAGGAAAGACCACUGAAAUACCUGGAUCCAGCACACCGAAACGUGGCCGACCAAAGCGGAUAAUAGAUGGUUUGGCAGAUUCAACGGCCGCGAUCCCAAAAGGUAUCCUAACUCCUAGCAAGUCUAGAAAUUCAACAAUAAGGAAGAGUGUUGCAUUCGAUGAAUCUGGUAAGGAUAAUUUAGAGGGGUUUAAAGAUAUUUCGUCUGAGCACACCUCAAGAAUCUACAUGGCAAAACUGUACCAUCACGUCGCAUUCGAUUGA